UUGUUGCCCGUCGCUAUCGAAUAGUCUCCUGGCAGACAGUGCAUGGGAAGUCCCAGUGGUAGUGUAGCGAGCGGCCAUGUUGGAUGACUCACCAGAAACACUGACCCCUGACUCUGCUGCAUGCCCAACCUCUUUGGAACAAAGGUGGUCUCAGCAAGCCUGUGUGACGCCCUCUGUGAGUGGUGGUGGGCACAGAGAGUCCUCAGAGAGGAUGUUCCUAUGGGCAGGAAGCAAAGGAGCUCAGGGAUCAGGAAGUGAGAGAAGGACUAUUUAUCAGAAGGUCCGGGAGUAUGACGUGCUAGACAAGAGGAAGACAGUGACAGCGCUGAAGGCUGGGGAGGACAGAGCUAUUCUCCUGGGACUUAGCAUGAUCCUCUUAUCUGUGAUGAUGUACUUUGUGCUGGGCAUUACCAUGGUGCGCUCCUACUCAGACAGUGUGUGGACGGAGGAAUCCGGCUGCACUGUGCUCAACUCCACCAUCGUGGCGGAGAUUAACUGUACCUACAGCUGCGGCUCCGAGUGCUGGAAAAGCUCCAAGUACCCGUGCCUACAGGUGUUUGUCAGUCUCAACACAUCCGGAAAGGUUGUACGACUCUCCCACAAUGAGGAGGCACAGGACACCAACCCAGAGUGCUUCUAUGUGCCCAAAUGCCAGAAGGACUUCAAUGCGAUCCACACUGUGGUCAUGAAAAUCUUGGAGCGUCUGAAAACACAGCAUCAGGUGCUGUGUUACAUGGACCCAGGUGAACAGCAGGACAGUGCUCUACUGACACGCAUCUAUGGACGAUUGGCAGUGUACCACUCACUCUUUUGGCCAACCUGCACCCUCAUUGGUGGAACCAUCAUCAUCGCCAUGGUGAAGCUCACCCAGUACCUGUCCAUCAUGUGUGAACAGGUGGGCAGGAUCAAAAGGUGAGAGUAAGUCCAGCAACAGGGGACAGGUGCUAGGCUACAAGGCCAGGAGACAGGGGCCAGGCUUCAGGGGCCAAGGGAUAGGCUACAGUAGCAGCACAAGGUCCUGGUUUUCAUACGCAGCCUAGGAACCUUAAGGAAGCUCUUUAUAUUCCAUUUGCGCUAAAGACUUGUGUAUGAGAGCUGAGCAACAGGGGAUCUGGGGGCUUAUAUGCCCCACAUGAUUCCUCUGGGCCUUCUGAGGAAAUCAAUAGGACUGAUAUGGGCUCCCGGCAGCUGUGCCAUGGCAGGUGAAAGUCAAUGACUUUGGGGCACAAUGAUUUUUCCUUUUCUGCACCUCCAUAAGUGGCACAAUCAUACAAAGUGAUGGCUUGAAAGAAGUGGCCAACACUGGACCUAAUCUGCCCUUGAACCCCUAGACAGCAUUGAUGAUCCAUUCACACUGUGACGACAAGGCAGUGAUGCCAAGAAGGUUUGACCGAGACAACUAUGUCGAAGCAUUGUCCAGAAUACUGAUCUAAACUUGGCUCCUUGUGUUACUGGUAUUGGGUGGAGGGUUACACAACUACAGGCGGCUGGGGGCGACACCCCUAAACGAGGUGUUGACUAUCUAUGCUGUAAGCCUGGGUCUGUAGAGACUCCAUUCCAAGCUAAUAGUUUGGGAUAAACACUUCCUUGCAAUAUGGUGUAGCAGUAAUUACAUAUCACAAUAGGUCUUAGUCACUAGGAUGAUUAGAUUGAAGUACAAUGCAACUUCCCAAGGGCAACUGUUCAAUACAAAAUGCCUUAAUGUCUGGCCCUAAGACUGUGAGAGAUUACUCAGCAUUUCAGACAGGAAUUCUACAGGACCUUCUCUGAAAUGGGUAGAUAUACUGAGGCAAACUGCAUUUUCAGUGCCUGGGCGUGGCUGCAUAAAACACCUUAAGUUAAUUUCCCCCUCGUCUUUUUCUUUAAAGUUCCCUUAACUUUAAGUCAGUUGCACAAAACAUUUUAAGGUGAAUUCCCCCCUUAAAUGUAGUGAAAAGGUUAAGGGUUCCAGUGAGGUCCUUUAAGUGUUUCAUUCACUAUGGAUAUCAAUGUAAACAGCAUUUGUGGAGGCGAAUGUAUGUUGCUUUCAUCUGCUCUGGUGACAAAAGGAAAACAUCAACCAGCUAGCUACUUAGCUAAACAAUGGAAGGUACACAAUCCAUGGAUACAAAGCUAGCUGGCUAGUUAGCUAUAGCUACUCUGUAAGCUACUGUGGCUUGACGUACUAUAAAGCAAUAAAAACAAGUUGAGAAACAAAGUAUCUACAAGAAAUGCAGUUUAUUAUCUUCUGAAGCCAUUUGGUUGUCCUGUCUUGAUUGUAGAGGUUAUAUUUUGCUUUCUCACAAAAUCAAAGCAUCUCUUUGACCAGCAUUUAUUCUGUGAAACAGGCGGUCUCCAUGGUAACAAGAUACCCUUUCUGCCAUACAUGCCUUCAAACUACCAUAGAACCCCUUUAAGUAUGCCUUUAACUAAUAAAAUAUUUGAGGGGCACUGCCGGCCGGCAGGGUAGCCUAGUGGUUAGAGUGUUGGACUAGUAACCGAAAGGUUGCAAGUUCAAAUUCCCGAGCUGACAAGGUACAAAUCUGUCAUUCUGCCCCUGAACAGGCAGUUAACCCACUGUUCCUAGGCCGUCAUUGAAAAUAAGAAUUAGUUCUUAACUAACUUGCCUAGUUAAAUAAAGGUCAAAUAAAACAAAUAAAAUAUGCAAUGCCCUUAAACAAUUCCCUUAGGUAAGGAAAAAUGAUUCCUUAAAGGAAACUCUUAAGAUGUUUUAUAUAAAACACCUUAAGUAAAUGCCUUACCUUUAAGUCAGUUGCCCUGGUUGCAAAAGGAAAAUAUCAACCAGCAAGCUUGGUGUAUAGCUAGCUAGCUACAUAGCUAAACAAUGGAAGGUGCACAAUCCAUGGCUAUAAAGCUACCUGGCUAGCCCGCUAGCUACCCACUAAGUGCAUUAACUUGAGGUACUAGAAAGUAAUAAGUAACAAGUUGAGAAAAAAGUAACAGCAAGAAAUGUGUUUUAUCUUCUGAAUCAAUUUGUUUCUCCUCUGUUGAAUGUAGAAGUUCUAUUUUGCGAUCUCCCCCCAAAAAUGUGAUUUAUUUGACAAGAGAUCACAUUCAGACAGUGAAUCAGGUCAUCUCCAUGGUAACCAGAGACUAUUACUGCCGUACAUGCCUUCAAACUAGAGUAAACCCCCUUCAGUAUGCCUUUACCUAAGGGAAAUGUUUGAGGUGCUCUAUGCAACGCCCUUAUAGAAUUCCCUUAGGUAAGUGGAAAUUAUGACUUAAUAAGGGAAAGCCUUAAGGGAAACACAUACAAUGUUUUAUGCAACCAGGCGCACACAUUUAUUUGAGAAGAAGCACAAAUCGAUGAUGGAAAUAAGUCAUGGCACGUUUUACCACAAAUAUUUACAGAAUGACCAAACUGGGUAAAUAUUGACAAUAUUUCAUUAUUGGUUCCAUGAUCACUAUUUUUACUGUUUGUUAAUAUUAUUUUGCUGUCACUGUCAUCUUAUGUGGUCAUCAGCAGUUUAUCCCUGACUACAAUUGUUACAUUAUUGACUGUUGCUUACUUAUCAAUCGAUACAAACCAAUUGUAAAUGCAAUUUUGUCUUGCAUUCAUACAUUUAAAGACAAACUCCGCAAUUACAGAACAUCCCUGGUUUGUAUUUAGUGAUCAUUGGGUUGGUCAAAGUAGUUAAAAGGCUCAAGAAAUCCACAAAAAACUGAGCCUUAGUAUAAGAGUAGUCUGUUAACUGUGAAACCAAGUCAAAUGUAUUGGUAUACUGCCUUACUUUAUGAUUGAUAGAGUGUGUGGGUGAACAACUCAUGUCUGUCCUCCAUUAAUCCUACCGUCUACUGUACAGCACAGUUCUUGGGAUUUGAAGAGUUUCAUUCCAAAAUGCUGUAUAUCCAUUUCCAUUAGCUUUUGUUGUCUAAAGAAAUUGUAAAAGAGAUUGGGGUGUUUUUUUUAACUAUCUAAUCAUAGUUUGGGGUUGUCCAAUGACAGAGGUGUAGUUGUUUAAAAUGUAUCACUUGAUGGUUUCAUUUCAGAGACAAAUAAUCAUGUUUUCUUUGCAAAAUGCUAUAUAUCCGCCUUAUUCAGAGAAAUAAGUAGUACUGCUAGGAUUUACACAGUGAAAUGUAACAAAUAAUUACAUUUUUAAUGAAGAACUGUACACAUUUGUGACAUCAAUAUAUAAACAAAAUACUAAAUAAUUAUAUACAGUAAUAUGAGAUCUGUAUGUAAAACUAUUACAUUUGUGAUUUAGCAGAUGCUCUUAUCCAGUGUGAAUUAUAGUAAGUGCAUUCAUCUUAAGAUAGCUAGGUUAGACAACCACAUAGUGUAUCACAGUCAGAUAUACAAGAUACGAGCAUUCCAUUCCAGCUAAACAAUGGAUAUAGAGCGUUUUGCAAAAAACACAAUUUCAUACACAUCUAAAAUCUAUUAAUAAAAAUCUGAUAACAAUAACAUUUUACAAACACAUGAAGGUACCCAAAAGCAAUAAUUUAUGAUUAAAAAAAACACAAAUGCACAAGCAUUAAGGACAUUUGAGGUGCCGGUACUCAGCUCUGCUUAAGCUCCUGUCAAGCACUGUACUGUAGCAUUUUGGAAAUAAACUCUUAAUUUACUCUCUCCUCAGCUCAACAGUAUUUCCAGACAGACCAGUUGAUUUUACCAUCGCGGACAAAUGGAUUUGCUGGGAAUGGUAUCUGAAUAGUGUCUUCAAAGGGCACCUUAUUUAAAGUAUACUGACUGGCUGUGAUGAAUCUGUAGUUGGAGAGUAAUCAGUCACUGGGCCUGUGCGUGCCUUCCACGGGUGGCUGGACCCAGCUCUGGCGACAGCAAUCCCUCACAAAUAGGUCCUCGGAAAUCUUCCUUUCAUUGAACAAUUUCCAGUGUAGUGAUUUUAAUAGGAAUGAUUAAAAAAGGGAAGUGCAGUCCGAGUGCUUGGUGGUUUGAGAAAGUGUGGGUGUUUGUCAUUGACAGGGGAUAAAUGCCCUGGCUGAUGCAGACGGUGAUAUGUUCCCACUUCUUGUGCGAGUGAGAGAAUGGUACAAUGGCCAUGUAAUUUCAUUCUUUCCCCAUUCCAUUAGAAACGAGCCACUAUUAGUCACAAGGUAGCCAGUGCUGCUGACACCCAGACUGCUGUGGGGAUUAUAGUGUGAAAUGAGACACUAUUCAAACCAAUGCAGUCACAUAGACCACAUUUUACACUAUUGAUCAAAAAGUAAAUGACAGGAAGAUAUCUACUUUACAAAAUGAAGGUAUUUCCUUUAAAUUGUACCCAACAUAGCUCUGUCAAUUACAUAGUAGCUCAGUAGAGAGUGAGAGUCAGAGGAUGCUGUUGAUAUAUUUGGCACUAUACUUAACAUUUCUUACAUCUCACUAUGAAUAUGGAGUAACAUAAAAGUCUCCAAUAAGUAGCCCCAAAUUGGCUUUUUGUCUAAAUUCUGUAAUUCAAACAUAUGAAUGAGUAAUGACUGCUUCUCUAUCAUACUGUAUCUUAAAACAGUGGUGGAAGGAGGACGCCGAAGGGACAUGGGGUCAAGGGCGGAGAACAACUAUGGAGAACAAAAACUGAGCAUUGUGUCAAUUGAACCAGCCUGCUCACCUUAACCAAUGUAAACAGCCCACAUGUCACUUGGAUAAAAAGCACUUAGUGCCUGCUGUUUUCAGCUCUUAAUAAGGGUAUAUGUUUUUUACAGAACCCACUUUGCCCCUUUCCCUUGGUGACCAACAGAGAGUCAUUCUACAUUUUAAUCAUUUAGCAGACACUCAUAUCCAGAGCAACUUACAGGAGCAAUUACAGUUAAGUGCCUUGCUCAAGGGCACAUCAACAUACUUUUCACCUAGUCGGCUCAUGGAUUCAAACCAGCGACCUUUCGGUUACUGGCCCUAUGCUCUUUUCUGCUCGGCGACCUUCGGAGUUAACAGCUAAAUGCAGGUUCUUUAUGACGUGACUAAUGGACGAAUGGACAGAUCCAUAGCUCCCCUCCGAUUUCAUUGUGGGGGACAAUAACAAUGUUUAACCUUCCACAUGAAAAUAGAAAUAAGAAAGAAAAAAGAAAAAGAAAAAGGACACAGCCCUCCACACAACCUAUCCAAUCAGUCUUGCAAGAGAGAGAGCUUGGUGACAGCUUGGUAAGUAAGUGCUGUCUCGUAUGACUGCUAAGUGUAUCACUGACCAUGAUCAAAAAAGGCAACAGUAAAGAUGUAUGUAGCUCCCCAUGAAAGAUGCAGCGCCCCCCUUGGACCAAUCAGUGUAAUUUUGUAAAUGACUCAUCAUUCACCCAUCAUUCACCCAAGUUUUGUCGAAAUCAGGCCAGUGGUUAAGAUAUCGCGUGUGGCCAACUUACGUACAGUUGAUUACUAUAGCGCCCACCUUGGGCCAAUCAGUGUAAUUUUCUAAAUGCCGGAUCUCUAUGGCAAGAUGCAUCAUUCACCUAAGUUUUGUCAAAAUCGAGCUAAUGCUGU